CUUCGAAAGAUUGAUCUGCGUCUUCUUCCAAUUCUCCUCGGAAUAUAUUUCCUCCAGCAACUCGACAAGUCGACCAUCUCAUACGCCUCGGUUUUUGGAAUCGUCGAGAAAGCUCAUCUCCAUGGCCAACAGUACUCCUGGCUGGGAGGUUCGAUAUACCUCGCUCAGUUGGUGUUCCAGCCCCUGGUCGCAUAUCUUUUGGUGAAAGUGCCCCUAGCAAAAUUUCUGGCUGUGUCUUGCCUCCUAUGGGGUAUUGCUUUAACAUGCAUGACUGCAGCUACAAAUUUUGGAGAGCUGCUUGCUUGCCGAAUCUUUCUUGGCAUCUUUGAGGCUGGAAUUGCACCGGCCUUUAUUGCAGUUACGCAAAUGUGGUACCGCCGUCGGGAGCAGCCUGUGAGGUUGAGUUCUUGGUAUGCGAUGAAUGGAGUCGUAAAUAUGUUUGGAAGCUUGAUUGCCUUUGGACUGGGUCAUAUCAGUUCAUCUAUAUUUGCACCCUAUCAGGUAAUCUUCCUAUUUUUCGGUCUAGUUACUGUUGGGUUCUCAGCCGUUAUUUUUGUUUUCAUGCCUGAUUCCCCUGUGUCAGCCAAGUUUCUUGGAGAGGAGGACAAACUGUUAUCUAUUGAAAGACAGCGAAUGAACCAACAGGGUGUCGAGAGCCAAGAGUGGAAAUGGGACCACGCAAAAGAAGCCUUGCUGGACCCCAAAUCAUGGUUUUGGUUUGCGUUAAUGUUCUCAAUUUCUGUUCCAAGUGGCGGCAUCACUACUUUCGGGCCUUUGAUUAUCAAGUCCUUCGGCCUCAGUGAAUAUGAUACCAUGCUUUUCAACAUUCCCUUCGGUGCAGUCCAGCUUGUCGCCACAAUGGGAGGAGCUUGGCUAGCGACCGUCUGGAAAAUGAAGGGUCCAGUCUUAGCAUUGCUCUGUCUCCCACCCAUCGCGGGUUGUGUGAUGCUGUUGCAAAUUACGCAUGACAAUGCCCGCAAGGGGCCUCUACUUGCAGGAUACUACAUUGUACGUAUUACAUCUAAAUGGAAACACGAGCGUGGAAACAAUACUAAUCAGUCCUAUCCAGAUCUCUGUGUACCCAGCUAUCACACCAUUAAUCUACUCCUGGUCUGCAGGAAAUACAGCUGGGGAGACAAAAAGAAGGUUACUACCGCCAUCCUGUAUGUUGGACAAUGCGCUGGUAAUGUAUGUAGCACCUCGAGUCCCUACAUCGGGUCUUCUACUGAUAUUCCUCCUAUCCAGGUCCUUGGACCCAACCUUUAUACGACAAAUGAAGCCCCCCUUUACCGCCGUGGCCUAUUUUCCAACCUGGCCAUGUUUUGUGUCUUGAUAAGUCUAACCGGGGCAAACACUGCAUACCUAUACUUCCUAAACAAGAAACAUGAGAAGAGACGCGUGGCUCUUGGAAAGAACGCUAAAAUUGUAGACCAAUCGAUGCGGACCAUUCAAGCUGUCUCUGACGACGUCAAAGAAGAUUUGCCUCAACCAGCAGCAGAUGACAAUGCGUGGAAAGAUCUGACUGACCUGAAAAAUGAGGACUUUGUCUAUGUUUUCUAA